UUUUUCUUUUUGUAGUUGAGUUCAUGUCUUUAUAUAGGGAAUCCCACAUGUGCAGAAACAAACGGUCUUGAUCAGCCACACAGCUGCAGAAUCUGCAACAAAAACCCAAAGAAGUAUGUACAAACAGAGGAAGAUGAUGAUGUUGUGUCUACUUUUGGCAGCUUUUUGCAGCCCUGUGUUUAGUGGAGAAUGGAAAGCCACUGUUGUAAAAGACCUCAAGGCCUUGGUGACAUCGUGCAUUGUGAUACCCUGUUCCUUCACCCACCCUAAAGAAAACCUGCCCUCCUCCAGACUCAGAGGGAUCUGGCAUCGUUCAAGUGACAAACAGGCAUUUGUCUAUAAUGAGGAUAAAACAAGGAUCUUGGAAAACUUUCGUGGUCGCACACAGUUGCUGGGAGAGUUGGGUCAAAACAACUGCACCUUAGAAAUUACUGAUAUCAAAAAUCAUGACAAUGGCCCGUUCUGUUUCCGGAUUGAACUAGCACGAACAGAGAAUGACCUGUCCACCGUAGACAAGUUCUCCUUUAUUGAGGAUUGUGCUGAGUUGACAAUGCUCUCUGAACCUCCAACGCCUUCACUGGUUCACCUAGAGACAGGCACCGAGGGACAUCCCUACACUGUCACCUGUUCAGUCACCCACACCUGUCCCUCCCAUGUGCCUAAACUUACAUGGAGCAGGAGCACCCCAGAUAAGGCUGCUGAGAGUCACAGACAACUUCAUCCUGGUCACUGGGAGACACAGUCCAUCCUGACGUUCAUUCCUGAGGAGAAGGACGAUCACAGUGAAAUCACCUGCACAGCUGUCUUUAAUGGACAGAAGACAUCCUCUGCAACAAUGAAACUCUACAUAAAACGUAAAGAAAACUACAACCACAUCAUCAUCCCCACUGUAGUGGGGAUUAGUAUCGCUGUGGUCUUUGGUCUAUUCUGCAUUUUCAUCGUGAAAAAAUACAAGAACCGCAUUGCAGAGCUUCAAAAUCAAGAGGGCACCAUGUUGAACCGGCUUUCCAGACUGUCUCGCAGGAACAGAGUGUGAAGAUAAUCGAAGGACAAAUUAUGCGUCUUUGAAGUUUGGCGACAGUCGAGUCGAGUCCUUUACUGCAGAAUUGAUGCUUGCUUUCAUUUUAUUCACAUAUUCGCGUCAGAAAAAUGACAUUAUCUUCAUAGCAACUUAGAAAAGAAAAAAAAUAGAACAUAAAAACAAGUUAUAAAAUUCUGUUAACAAAGCUUGAAUGUUUUAGCAGCAUAAUAACCCAAAAAGCAACGUUGUGUACUAUUAACUCAAAUAGAAGUCACUGUAAAAGUUGUAAAUGGAAAAUUACUUUUCAUUACCUUCCUUAGUAUUUACUUUGGUUUGUUUUCUCAGAACUUAAAUUCAAAUUAUGAGCAGCAAAUACACUUUUUAGUUGUGAAACUCAUAUUCUACCACCAUCCAUUGGCAUGUGAAAUUAAAGAUGGUGUGUCCAGUUUUCACAGUUGAUAAUUAUAGCCAACCAUGACAGGAUGUGCUGUGGUAUGUGUAUUUUGCAGCCUUCACAGCUCAUCUAAAAGUGUUUUAACCUCGGUUUGAAGAGAAUUAUGUUUAAAAUGGCUUUUCCAUCUCAAUAAGAAAUAUCCAUUAAAUUGUAUCACACAUAUACACACAGAUGUAUCAGUUAUGUAAACCAUUUUUUUGUAUA